GCAAAGCCCAGUGGCAAGGAGAUGGAGCUCCCCGGCUCCCCGUUCUUGUCAUCUCUGGAGCAGCAGCUUGGCCCAGGAGGUCACAAAUGAGGACAACAAGGUGGGGAGAGGGGACGGCAGCCUGCCCAGGUCACCCAGCUGCGCCUGGCUGCAAUCCUGGACUCCAUGAGGAAGCAGGAGGUGUGGACAGGCGGGGAGGCCGGCCAGGCCCACAGCACCGGCUCCCCAGCCGAGCAGGUGAAAGCCCUUGUGGACCUGCUGGCCUGGAAGGGCAGUCAGGGUGGUCAGACCCCUCAGGUUCCCGACAGGACACCGGACUCCCCACUGGGUCCUUGCAGCAAUGAUUCAAGGAUCCGGAGRUACCGCGAGGCCCUGCUGAGCAGGAUGGGAGGCGGCCCAGAGCUGAACGGCCCACCGCCCCGGCUGGCCAGCCUCCUGCUGGUGGAGGGCCUGACAGACCUGCAGCUGAGAGAGCACGACUUCACACAAGUGGAAGCCACACGUGGCCAGCAGCGCCCUGCUCGGCCCAUUGGGCUGGACAGGCUCUUCCUGCCUCUGUCCCGGGUGUCCAUUCCGCCCCGAAUCUCCAUCACCGUUGGGGUGGCUGGCAUGGGGAAGACCACCCUGGUGAGGCACUUUGUCCGCCUCUGGGCCCAAGGGCAGGUGGGCAGGGACUUUCUGCUGGUACUGCCCUUGACCUUCCGGGACCUCAACAUCCACGAGAAGCUAUCUGCAGACAGACUCCUCCGCUCUGUCUUCCCAAAUACUGGGGAGGCUGGCCUGGAUGUGGCCACCCAAGCCAGAGUCCUCCUGGUCCUGGAYGGCCUGGACGAGUGUAAAACACCUUUGGACUUCUCCAACACCGUGGCCUGCACAGACCCCAAGAAGGAGAUUCAGGUGGACCACCUGAUCACCAACAUUGUCCGAGGCAACCUCUUUCCAAAAGUUUCUGUUUGGAUCACCUCCCGUCCCAGUGUGGCUGGCCAGAUCCCAGGGGGCCUGGUGGACCGGAUGACUGAGAUCCGAGGCUUCACUGAGGAGGAGAUCAAGGUGUGUUUGGAGCGGAUGUUCCCUGAGGAACAGACCCUCCUGGGCCAGGUCCUGAGCCAGGUGCAGGCCGACAGGGCCCUGUAUCUGAUGUGCACCGUCCCAGCCUUCUGCAAUCUCACGGGCGCAGCACUGGGCCACUUGUGUCGCAGCAGGCCAGCACUCCAGGACGCAGAGCUGUGGCCUCCACGGACCCUGUGUGAGCUCUACUCUUGGUACUUUCGAAUGGCCCUCAGCAGGGAAGGGCAGGAGAAGGGCAAGGUGAGCCCUCGGAUUGAGCAGGUAGCCCAUGGUGGUCGCAAGAUGGUGGGGACGCUGGGCCGGCUGGCCUUCCACGGGCUGGUCAAGAGGAAGUACGUGUUUUAUGAGCAAGACAUGAAGGCGUUUGGCGUGGACCUCACUCUGUUGCAGGGCGCCCUGUGUAGCUGCUUUCUGCAGCGGGAGGAGACGCUGGCCUCCUCGGUGGCUUACUGUUUCACCCACCUGUCCCUGCAGGAGUUUGUGGCAGCUGCAUAUUACUACAGCGCCUCCAGGAGGGCCAUCUUUGACCUAUUCACUGAGAGCGGCAUGUCCUGGCCCAGGCUGGGCUUCCUCACGCAUUUCAGGAGUGCAGCCCUUCGGGCCAUGCAGGCUGAGGACGGGAGACUGGACGUGUUCCUGCGCUUCCUCUCUGGCCUCUUGUCUCCAAGGGUUAAUGCCCUGCUGGCUGGCUCCCUGCUGGCCCAGGGCGAGCACCAGAGCUACAGGGCCCAGGUGGCUGAGCUCCUGCAGGGGUGCCUGCACCGUGAUACUGCAGUCUGUGCCCGUGCAGUCAAUGUCCUGCACUGCCUGAACGAGCUGCAGCACACGGAGCUGGUCCGCAGCAUGGCGGAGGCCAUGGAGAGUGGGGCCCUAGCCAGGCUAACCGGCCCUGCACACCGUGCUGCCCUGGCCUAUCUCCUGCAGGUGUCUGACACCUGCGCCCGGGAGGCCAACCUGUCCCUGUGCCUCAGCCAGGGUGUCCUCCAGAGCCUGCUGCCCCAGCUGCUCUACUGCCGGAGCCUCAGGCUGGAUACCAACCAGUUCCAGGACCCCGUGAUGGAGUUGCUGGGCAGCGUUCUGAGUGGGAAGGACUGUCGCAUUCAGAAGAUCAGCCUGGCUGAGAACCAGAUCAGUAACAAAGGGGCCAAAGCUCUGGCCAGAUCCCUCCUGGUCAACAGAAGUCUGACGGCUCUGGACCUCCGCAGUAACACCAUUGGACCACAGGGAGCCAAGGCGCUGGCUGAAGCUCUGAAGAUUAACCGCACUCUGACCUCUCUGAGCCUCCAGAGCAACAUGAUCAAGGAUGAUGGUGCCAGGUCCAUGGCGGAGGCCUUGGCCUCCAACCAGACCCUCUCCCUGCUGCACCUGCAGAAAAAUAGCAUUGGGCCCACGGGAGCCCAGCGGAUGGCAGAAGCCUUGAGGCAGAACAGGAGUCUGAAGGAGCUCAUGUUCUCCAGUAACAGCAUUGGUGAUGGAGGUGCCAAGGCCCUAGCUGAGGCCCUAAAGGUGAACCAGGGCCUGGAGAGCCUGGACCUGCAGAGCAACUCCAUCAGUGAUUCGGGAGUGGCCAUGCUGAUGGAGGCCCUUGGUGUCAACCAGACCCUCCUCAGCCUCAACCUUCGAGAAAACUCCAUCAGUCCUGAGGGAGCCCAGGCCCUGGCUCAUGCUCUCUGCAUCAACAGCACUUUGAAACAUCUGGACCUGACAGCCAACCUCCUCCAUGACCAGGGUGCCCAGGCCAUUGCAGUAGCAGUGGGAAAAAACCACACCCUCAAGUCCCUUCACCUGCAGUGGAACUUCAUCCAGGCCAGUGCUGCCAGGGCCCUGGGACAAGCACUUCUGCUCAACAGCAGCCUGACCAGCUUAGACUUACAGGAGAACGCCAUUGGGGAUGAGGGAGCUUCUGCGGUGGCCAGUGCGCUAAAGGCAAACACAGCCCUCACUGCUCUCUACCUCCAGGUGGCCUCCAUUGGUGCACCAGGGGCCCAGGCGCUGGGGGAAGCCCUGGCUGUGAACAGAACGCUGGAGAUUCUUGACUUACGAGGAAAUGCCAUUGGAGUGGCAGGAGCGAAGGCCCUGGCCAGCUCACUGAAGAUUAACUCCAGUCUCCGAAGGCUUAAUCUUCAAGAGAACUCCUUGGGGAUGGAUGGGGCCAUAUGCAUUGCCAGUGCUCUGUCUGGGAACCAUGGGCUGCAGCACAUCAAUCUCCAGGGAAAUCAAGUUGGGGACUCUGGUGCCAGGAUGAUCUCAGAAGCUAUCAAGACCAAAGCUCCCUCAUGCACUGUGAAGRUGUGA